CUUCUUAUUCACCCCACAACACCUUACCAUCGCCUUUGUGUUGCGUGCUAGGGCGCAUGUCGCUGAUUCAACUGCCGCGUUCGUGCUCUUUUCUGAAUCGCCACUGAAAGCGCUACUACUUCAAUUACCGCACGCGACCCCGCUCAAGCUUAGGUGUCGCGACUGACGCGCAGCAAGGGAUCGCAGACUACGUCAAAAUACAUCCCAACACAUCCCAGCGUAUUGCUUCUUGCCACCAUACUGCGCAGUUGUCCCCAAACAGAGCGGGAGGAUCGGCUUUGGUGACCAAGUAAUACCGUUCACCACAGUGGGCUUUGUCUUUCCUCUUUUGUGUAUUACCUUAGCCCCUUUGAAGCCCGUAGAGACUUUUCGUGAUUGCUGGGGCAGGCGCGCAUCUGUUGAAGAAACAGAAUUAUUCUUUCUUUCUUAUUUUGAUCGCGCCGUGUAGUACAUUUGGGUGACCUAGCCCGCGUUUGUGUCAUGGCUGGUAAGCAAUCGUACACCAACCAUCUCCCAGGUGCUGCCUUACACGCAACCCGCCAUUGGGAGAGGACCGGCAGCAAAGACCGGCAGCAUCUGAAUAGCCCGCUAAUAACUAUGCCAGACGAACCACGACGAUCGGGUCGAGCGACCAAAGGCCAGCACAAGAACCUCGAAUUACCGGACGCCCCAUCGAAGAAAGGCAAAGGCAAGAGCCCCAAAGAAAAGUCCGGCAGCAAAGCCUCCGCGGAACCUACCCCGGGACCUAGCGAAGAUGGAGAAGAAGAGGAGAUCAUUCGAUGCAUUUGCGGCGAGUACGAAGAAGAGGAGGAUGUGGAGCGAGACAUGAUCUGCUGUGACCAAUGCUCAGCAUGGCAACACAAUGACUGCAUGGGCCUUGUAUUUGCCAAGGGCGCCGAGCCGGACCAAUACUACUGCGAACAAUGUCGACCCGAGAACCACAAAGAGCUGCUGGAGAAAAUCGCCAGGGGUGAAAAGCCUUGGGAAGAGGUUGCCGAGCGGCGACGACAGGAGGCUGAGGAUAAGAAAUCUAAGCGCAAGAAGGGCAAGAAGGGGAGUAGCCGGAAGAGCCGACCCAGCGAGAGCAAGACGGAGGCUAGCACUCCUGCUCGCACUGGAACAUCGGCAACACCUGGUCCUCCUCACUCCCCCACCCCAGCAGCAACAGCAUCGGCCGAGCCAGAGAAUAAUGGACACGCUGGAGACUCGCGACGGUCUAGCACCAACAAGCGCAAGUUGGAGGAGAGUGUGGAGGCGGACGCGGCCUUGGGCCCCCAAGUGAAGCAGCAACGGACCUCCCCGCCGUCUACUACUGUAGCAGCUACAAAGGUCAAGAUUGAGUCUCCUCCCGUCGCCACUGUGGAAGAGCUUGUGCUGCCUGCCCGCAAGAGUGCUGCCAAUGCUCUCAUCAAGUUCUUUGUAGACCAGAUUACUGCAGCUCAGAAGAAGGAAUCCUUCUCCUUGCCCGAUGGGCAGUCGGCAGAAGAUACUGCACGGCAACUCGGUCUCUCUGUCGAAGGUGCCAUGUAUCAGAACAUCUGCGAGGGGACAGGGGAGCCUACUGAACCAUAUAAGUCGCAAUUGCGAGCGAUCUUGUUCAACGUAAAGAAGAAUCAUUCUCUACGGGAUCGUUUACUUGUAGGUAGUGUCUCAUCUGACACACUCUCUAUGAUGAAAUCCGAGGAGAUGGCCAGCGAGGAGUUGCAGCGAAAGGAUGCAGAGAUUAAGCGAGAAGCAGAGCGACAGCACAUUAUUAUCCAAGAGCAGGGUCCACGAAUCCGUCGAACACAUAAAGGAGAGGAGCUUAUCGAGGAUGAAACCCACAAUGUGGCAGCAGAAUCUGUAUUCUCAGCCAUUCCGCGCCGAGCAACUGAUGCCGAUGGCAGCCCUGGAAACCAGAGCCCAGUUACUCCGAAGGUAGCUCAAUCGAAAGGUGACGGGCAAUCUCGAGGUCAUUCCCCGGACGGUGGGCAUGGAGACCAUGUCUUCCCAGAGGUUGCUCCCAAUAUCCGUGAGCCAGUCCCUCGCGGCACAAUUCAGGCGGAUGCCGAGAUUGAUCGGAUGCUGCAAGAGGAUGAAAUCGAGUCUCCACCGUAUUCACCGCAAGAAUUUUCUGACGAGGGCGUUGUCUGGCGCGGUAAAGUUACUAUGGAGCCUGUGGCUAAAUUUUCGUCCACUGCGAAACAUGUUUGCGGUGCAGAACUAAGCGGCCGGAUUCCUUGGAGUCAGUUGGCACCUGAGGAAUUGCUAGUAGAUGGCCGAAUUGACAUUGCGCGAGCAAACAAUUACCUUUGCGGUUUGCGGUGGAGCUCCUCAACGGACGUGUCCGUCAUCGCAAUCAGUAGCCCUAGUGGGGACGAAGAUCGUGAAGGUUUCAAUAGACUCUUCAAUUACUUUUACAACCGUCAACGUUACGGUGUCAUUGGCAAGCACCCCCUCCCCGCCGUCAAAGACACCUACAUCGUUCCUCUUGAAAAAGACACAACCAAACUUCCUGAUUUCAUCAACCUCCUUGAAAACACGAAUCUCGGCGACGGUCUCAUUGAGGAACGUCUCCUCCUCAUUGUCUUUGUCGUCAAGACCGGUGACUCUCAACCUCCCUCCGUUCAACCUUCCUCUCACCAGCCCAGCAUGGAGCCCCAAGCUUCAGCAAGCCCCCUCACGGCAGCUGGUAACACGCCUCAAGCUGCUUACGGUCCAGCUUCCCGGCAGUUCCCUGGCUUUACUCCUUCAUCGACCAAUCCUACUGCUCCCAACCAAUUCCCUUCUGGCCAGAUGCCGCAGCAGCAUCCUCUCCCGCCUUACCAACCAGGUCUCAUCGGCAUGCCCGCAGCCUUGCAGGUGCUGGGUGCACAGGCAGUGAAUUCGCCUGCCAUCCAGAAACUCCUCCAGACCGCGCCCAACGUGGACACGGCCCAGUUGAACGUCGUGCGCGACAUUCUUGUCCGCCAGCCCGCCGCCGCCGCGAACUAUGAAGCGCUGAUGCAGGCGCUCUUCGACACUCAGGCAAACGGCCACGCCUGA